GCCACAUUGUGUGUGAUGGAGCUUUUAAAGCGGUUUGUGUAAAACUCGGUUUGUGUAGAUUAUUAACAAAAAAACACGUUAACGUUCAAACAGAUAGAUAUCAAACAGUAAACAGUUUUAUUGUUGUUGUUUUUUUUUUAACUUAUUUACAAUGUGGACACAUGCCGUUUUAGUGCUCUCCUGUUGCGCAUUCGUUGUGCGCGCGCAGUUUCCGCGUGAGUGCACGAGCGUCGACGUUCUGCGCAGCGCGCGCUGCUGUCCGUCACCAUUCGGUCGCGUUAACGACCCUUGCGGCGCGAGCCUCGGCCGAGGGCAGUGCGUGCCGGUGCAAGCCGACUCGCGCGCUCACGGACCUCAGUACCCGCACGUGGGCCAAGACGACCGGGAGCGCUGGCCGCUGCGUUUCUUUACCAGCGCGUGCCGCUGUAACGGGAACUUCUAUGGCUUUAACUGCGGCCGGUGUAAACACGGAUUCACCGGAGCCAACUGCGAAACACCUGAACCAGUCGUCAGAAGAAAUGUUCUGUCUCUGAACCCGACGGAGAGGCGCGUCUUCAUCAACGCUAUGGACCAGGCCAAGCGGACAGUUCACCCGGACCUGGUCAUCGUCACACGCCGCUACGACGAGGUGUUCGGCCCUGACGGUAACAUCACCAUGUUCGAAAACAUCACCAUCUACAACUACUUUGUGUGGUCACACUACUACUCGGUGAGUAAGACGUUUCUCGGUGGCGGCCAGCCCAGUUUUGGCGGUGUGGACUUCUCUCACGAGGGGCCCGGGUUCGUCACGUGGCACCGCUACCACCUCCUGCAGCUCGAGCGAGAUAUUCAGGACAUGCUAGGAGACCCGAGUUUCGCUCUUCCUUACUGGAACUUUGCCAUCGGAGGAAACCAGUGUGACAUCUGCACUGAUGAUCUGAUGGGCGCCAGAAGCAGCUUUGAUGAAAAUGGCAUCAGCUCCAAUUCCAUCUUUUCCCAGUGGCGCGUAGUGUGUGAAAGCCUGGAUGACUAUGACACGCUGGGAACAAUCUGCAACAGUACCGAGACCAACCCUAUCAGGAGGAAUCCAGCAGGGAACGUGAACCGGCCCAUGGUUCAGAAGCUUCCAGAGCCUCAGGACAUAGAAGCCUGCCUGCAGCUGACCACAUUUGACACCCCUCCAUUUUACUCUACUUCAACGGGCAGCUUCAGAAACACCAUCGAGGGCUACAGCGCCCCCGAGGGUACCUACGAUCCUGUGGUGCGAAGUCUGCACAAUUUGGCUCAUUUGUUCCUGAAUGGUACCGGUGGACAAACACACCUGUCCCCUAACGACCCCAUCUUCGUCUUGCUCCACACCUUCACUGACGCCAUCUUUGACGAGUGGCUUCGGAGACACCCACGCGCUCAUGACUACCCAUUGGAAAACGCUCCUAUUGGCCAUAACAGAGACUACAACAUGGUUCCCUUCUGGCCACCAAUCACCAACGCAGAAAUGUUUGUAACUGCUCCAGAGAACCUGGGUUACUCCUACGAAGCCACCUGGCCCGGUUCAUCACCACAUGUGCUCACAAUUCUCUCUCCAGCCCGUCCCAUCACUCUGACUGAGAUCAUUACCAUCGCCGUCAUAGCAGCGCUUAUCGUCGUAGCAAUCAUCUUCGCCGUCACGACGUGUGCCGUGCGCUCACGGGCCCAUAACUCUGAGGGCCGGCAGCAUCUCCUCGGUGAACAGUACCAACGCUAUGACGAUCAUGACACACACAACAGCAAGGGCCAGUCUGUAGUUUAGGAAUUCAGGAGCUACAAUUUUGGCCUGUUUUGUAUAAUCCCAGUCAAAGAUAGAUGACAACACAGUCAUUAGAUUUUGUAUGUAUUUUAAAUGAAACCAGAAGUGCCUCAAGUUAUAUUUAGCCUGUGUCUGUGUGGACAACUAAAAAAAGGCACAAACUAAAAUCACGGUGCUAACAUUACUUCAGCAACUGUUGACUGUAAAUGUAAUCGAUUCUUAUUUUGUCAUUUUAA